AUGACCAUCGGCAGCAGCAUGAGCAGCGGGUACUGUAGCUUGGAUGAAGACCUCGAGGAUUGCUUUUUCACAGCAAAAACCUCUUUUUUCCGGAGUGCACCGAGCAAGGUCCCUGCCAAGAAUGUAACACCGACAGUAGAAGAAGAGAAACCUGAGCCUCCAACUGUCCAGGAGAUCAAACAGAAAAUUGAAAAAUACAACGCAAAGGUGACGAACUGCCUGUUGAUGAAGCUGAACGACGAUGGGACGUACACAGGUUUCAUUAAAGUGCAUUUGAAGCUGCGUCGCCCUGUGACGGUACCAGCAGGGAUCCGGCCACAGUCCAUCUAUGAUGCCCUCAAGGAGGUGAACCUGGCUGACAUGACGGACAAGAGAACCUCCUUCUACCUGCCGCUGGAUGCCAUCAAGCAGCUCCACAUCAGCAGCACGACCACGGUGAGCGAGGUGAUCCAGGGGCUCCUGAAGAAAUUCAUGGUGGUGGAUAAUCCCCAGAAGUUUGCACUUUUCAAGGAGAUGAGGAAGGAUGGGCAAGUGCUCUUCCAGAAGCUCCCUCUCACCGAGUACCCCCUGUACCUCCGGCUGCUGGCGGGACCUGACACAGAUGCGCUCAGUUUUGUGCUGAAGGAAAAUGAAACAGGGGAAGUUGAGUGGGACGCAUUCUCCAUCCCAGAGCUACAGAACUUCUUGAUGAUACUGGACAGAGAAGAAAAGGACAAAAUCCAGCAAGUGCAAAGGAAGUACGAGAAGUUUAAGCAGAGACUGCAACAGACCUUGAAAGAAGCCAGAGGCAAACCUGGAUAACUCUUGAGGAGGCACUGGGCAUCAGACUAAGCUAGAUACUAUUUUUAAAAUGAAAAGACACUUCUCAGGACACCUUCUAGUGGUCACUCUCCCUCUUCAUCCUUCCAUUAAGGACUGGCUCACAGCACCCAUAAAAUGAACA